UAAAAUAUAUCUUAUCUCUUACAAAGUUUCAGAAAAAUGUCUAGUUAGAAUAAUCUAGGGUUUUGAACUAUUAAAUGGAUUGCACACUGUAAUGUCUGGUAUUGAACUUGAACCACUUUUAAAAAUGAAACCAAAGAAUCCGAUGCAACGUGUUCAGAGUUGUGUUGGGGAUCCGCAGGAAGAAGCUUUAUCUGCAUAUGAAAGCAAGGACUAUAAAACAUUUGUUGAUUGUGUCAGUGAGGAAGGCUUUGAUCCAAACAAAGAGUAUGGAGAGGAUAUCCCAAAAACUUUGUCUCAUCUUAUUCUGGAUGAAGCAGAGGGAAGAGAUAUCUUUUUGCUGGCGCUCCUUAAAAAUGGUGGACGGACAGAUUUGAGAAACAAAACACUAGAAACAAUACCGUUUCACGAAGCAAUCAGGAAAAAAGAUCCAGCACUUUUAAAGGUUUCUCUGCUUGGGGUGCAAAAUGUAAACAUACAAGACGGGGAAGGAAGUACUGCCCUGCAUGUGGCUACUGAAGAAUUACAAAACGCUGAUGAAUCUGAGCUAGACAAUCUACUAGAGAUUAUUUCAAUUCUAAUACAGGUUCCUGGUAUUGAUUUGAAUCAUGAAGACCUGAAAGGAAAAUGUACACCUCUUUACUAUGCAGCUGCUGCGGCUAGUGAGAAAGCCGUCGACCUUCUACUCUGCUACGGGGCAAAUUCAGAAAUUGAAAUGAUUCAAGAAGUUUUCAAAGAAAACCUGCCAGAUUUUAAUAUCUCGAACUACAAGACAGCUAGAACUGGUCGACCACUUAAAAAUGUACUUUUUAACCUCAUUGAGCUAGCAGACAACUUGGAAGGGUUUGCAAAUUUUACAUACAACAGGGAUGGAAUUGAUUGGAACUCAGAUAAUGGACAGUUUACACUUCUUCAAUAUGCGGCAGAGCAGGGUCGAGCAAAGAUCUGUGGCUACCUUCUGGAAAACGGAGCUGACCCAAACCUGACCGGCAGCAAUGAUACUCCCCCUUGGAUACUAGCAGCACAUAGUGGAUAUUAUAAGGUCCUCCAGGUGUUUUUUGAAAAAUUGACGGAUCGUGAGAUAAGAAUGGCAAUGAUUACAACAGAUCAACAUCAUGGACAACGGACUAUUCUCCAUGAAGUUGUUAGACAGCAUUCUCCUAAACUAGACAAUCCUUACAGGGAUACAAAUAUUGACUAUGAGGAGUGUCUCAAGGUUCUAUUUGAGGACCGGAAGAAUAUGCGAGGAAAAGCCAAGUACUCUAAGUAUACUGAGAGAAUUAUAAAUUUUCGAGACUUGCAUGGAGAAACUGCUCUUCACUAUGCUACUCAGCAACCAAACCAGGCCAUUAUAAAACUUCUGCUCAAGCAUGGAGCUAAUAUGGGAGUAAAGAACAAGGAGGAAAAACCACCCGUUAACAAGAUUCUGCCAUCUACUCUUCAGGAGUUUCUUGAUGAAUGUGUUGCGUCCCAAGGUAUAAUCACGGAUGAUGAUCUUCGUCUAACGUUUGAUUACAACUUCCUAGCACCUCCUCUCCUGGACAAGGAAGUUUUACUUAAUUUUGAAACCAAAAGAGAUGUAGAGGGAAGUGCUGUAGGUGAUACGCAUCCCAGACCAGAAACUGAAGCUUUAUGGUACCUCAGCGAAUCUAAGGAUCAUCGAGGGUUGUUAAAGCAUCCUGUGAUUUCAAGUUUUCUACUGAUGAAAUGGCAGAGAAUUCGCACUUUCUACAUUAUCUCUCUUCUCAUCUAUUUUUUCUUUGUACUUUUCCUCACUUUACUUAUACUACUUGAGUAUGGUGGAUGUAGUUUGUUCAGCUCCGUGUCGACCAAUAUUGAAUCUGAAGUUAAAGAAGAACAAGAAGGACUUGAUAAGGCCGAUGAAUCUUCUUCUUGUAGAGGAGACACAACAGUGUGGAAAGUUAUCGUUGGUAUUUUUCUCACUUUUCUGGCUAUAAUUGAGCUACUACAGAUUGCAGUGUCAGUCAAGAGAUAUUUCGCUAGUUCUACCAACUAUAUUCAAGUAGCAAUACUUGUCGGUGGAGCUAUUCUUAUUUUUGACAGAUCAAUGUCUUGGGAUGAACGACGCCAUUUAGCUGCACUGCUGAUUAUCUUCUCUUGGUCUGAGUUUAUUAUAUUAGUCGGACAACAUCCUAGUCUGAGUACGAAUGUGACGAUGCUGUUUACUGUUGUAAGUACUUUCUUUAAGUUUCUUCUCUGGUAUACAGCUUUCAUUGUUGCAUUCGCGUUCUCCUUCUAUAUCAUGUUCCAUACAGACCAUAAAGAUGGCGAGGUAAAUCCUGAAUACAAGUUUUUUGACGAAAUUGGAACUUGUAUCGUAAAAACAUCAGCUAUGUUUGUCGGAGAGCUUGAGUUCAGCGAUAUUCCGUUCAGUGCCAAUCCGAUCAGCUACAUCAUAUUCGUGGCAUUCAUAUUCCUGAUAGUUGUAGUCCUGAUGAAUCUAUUAAAUGGUUUGGCAGUUUCAGAUACAGGAUUGAUUAGGGAGGAAGCUGAAGUGCUCAGCCUAAAGUCCCAGGUUGAUAUUAUCUCCUAUUGGGAAUCAAUUCUUCUCAACGAUCCAUACAAUUUUCUCACCAGCUGGCCUAAGUUUUUGUCUGCUCUACCCUCCUGUUCUUGCUGCUUCUGGGUGAAGAGAAUACCUUUGCUGGAAACCUUUCUAAGCAAAAUAACAGGUGGUGCUAGAAUUCUUCUGUUCUAUGAAUGUCUACCAGAUAAAAGUGCUACUUUUUAUCCAAACAGUGGAAAAACAAACAGUUGUAUUCCAUACAGAAAAAGAAUAAAAGUUGUUCCCACUGGAAAAAAUCCCGCCAGUACUCCGCUUCAAGUAAGAAAAGAUGUUCUAGAUGCCGCAAAAGCAAUCAUUCUAGAGCGAGAUAGAGAAGACAAUGUUGACACUCAAAUAUUCGAAAAGUUGACAUCUAUGGAGCAUAAAUUAGAACUUUUAUCACAAACAUUGCAACUUGUACUUAAUAAUUCAAGCAAAUUGCAAGCUUAAACAAACGUAAAGGGGCUGUAAGCAAAAUUUCAAGUUACUCGCCUUGAAAAAAAUGCUAAUGCCCGAUUUAAGCAAACGUACAAUGUAAACUCAAAGCAGCUGACGCUACUGUAUUCUUUGAAAAUCCCAAAUAAAAAAUUAUAAUGUAAUUAUUUAUUUUCUGCGACUUCUAGAGAGUGAAUUUUUAUAUUUUUAAUAUAAUAAAGCUUGCAAACAAAGUGUGAACCAAGGAUAAGUCCUUAAUUAUCGUUCAUGCACGAGUCAAAGGUUUCAGGGGUACUCUUGUGAGUCGGUCACGCCAUUCUACAAACUUACAUUCGAUACGCCACUUGAAAUUAUGCCUAUAGUCCGUUUAAUGACUAAAUCUAUUCGUGAACUGUACAUUUUUACAUGUUAAUGUAUUUUAUUAAAUUAUUUGAAAAAUAAAUUAUAAUCUAAAUA